AUGAACUCAUACCGAAAAAAACUUAUCGAAUCUUUAAUUAUUAAUUACUGGAAUCGAAAGACGAUUUCUAAAAACAUAGGGUUUUACAAUUGCCUUCAACAAAUUGGCACGAAGAUUAAUUUGACUUCAGAUGAUAAGCAGGAAGUUCAUAGACUUUACUAUAGUAUACUUUCAACUCUUAGUGAAGAAAGCUCAAUCAGCCAACCAGUGAGAAAAAAGAUGGAAGCCGAGAAAAAGGAUUUUAUGGAGGAAGAUGCGAAUGAAAUCGCAGAGGAAAAGGAUGAAACCACAGAUGAAUAUGCCUGUAUUGAGAAUGAAGCGUUUGAUGUGGAAAAUAACGAAGGUGAUGAUGAUUCUACUACACACAACCAAGCACUUGUUCCAAAUGAAGACAUCCAAUAUGUUGAAAGAGAUGAGCCGGAUGCCAUAUAUCGAACUCGACGUUGGAUAUUAUCUAGUGGUACAGAUGUGGGUCAAAUUUUGUCUGAAUACAGGCAAAAAAUUCCAGAGUCACAAAAGUGUAUUAACCCCAUCUACUGGGGAAUCCUCGAUUUGACAGGAUCACACCCAGAAACCAAACGACUUUUUUCCCCAAAAGACUGGGCCGAAAUGACAAAAAGCUUUGAAGAUGAAAUAGAAUUUAACAAAGGAGAUAUACCUGAUGUUUUAUAUCUGUUUUUCGAUGAAGUUGAACUGAUAAUUAAAAGUAAUGAAAGGAGUGAAGAUAUUAUCACAGAAAUUGAAAACAUCUCCCCACAGAAAAUGGAAACAAAGCAUAAUAUCAUUCUUAACCCUAAAGACAAAAUUAUGUUAAUGAAAUUCAAGAGAGCUACUCUUAUUUAUGCAGAGAAUUUGGCUUAUGUUGAUUUGCCGGUAUCUGA